UAUCAGCUUCCUUGGUUGGAAUGGACUGAAGUAAAAUAUGACGUCAAUAAAUAACGCUAUUCUAGACUCACGAUCCUGCAAACAACCGGUCAACAACUUAUAACCUCAACAUCAACCACACUUUAGUAAUUUCCAUCAACUUUGAACGACAUUUCGAAAAUACAAAUCAAAUCAAAACACAACGAACCAAAUCAAUAAACAUGUUCCAGAAUACCCUCGCAUUCCUCCUUCAAUUCUUCUUCUUCGCCUUAACGUUCGCUGCACCAGUUGAGAUCGCUGGACAUGGUAAUGCUUGGAAAUAUGGUUCCGGUGGCGGGGUUAUUGGAUUCAUCGUUUUGAUUCUUGAUAUCAUCGUCUUCAGUAUGUAGCACCCGUUCUCCAUUAUUGAAUAAAUCUAAUCGUGUCUGCAGUCGAGGUCCUCAAAUCAAACCGCCCUCCUUCACACAAACUCCUCUGGUGCUUGGUCGUCUUUCUCUUCCCCAUUCUCGGAUUGAUUAUCUAUUGGUUGUUCUCGAACAGACAAGCACACAACUCUGGAAGUGGUUCAUACGAAGCUAUCCCAUAAUUGAGUAAUAUGGUGUGACAUCUUGGUGAUACGGUUGGAUGAUGGUACAACGGAUAGGGCGAGAAUGAUGGAGUUUGAGUGAUGGACAUGGUAUGAGCUAGUUUCUUUGGGCUCGUUUUCUUCGGCAUAUACGAUUAGGCGAAUAUUUUUCUUAGGAUCGGGACUUUGAGGUUAUUGUGAAUGGAAUAAGGGAUUAGGCUAGCAUAGCUACAAUGAAUGAACGUCAGCAUCAUCGCAUUU